UUGGCUUUCGUGUUCGAUUCGUUCGAUUGUUGGAGUGUGUCGAUAGGAUUUUUGGGUUAUUUCGGUUGAUUCUGUGUUUUUUUUUGGUAUCUUCUCGGUUUUUUUUUUUCGAGCCAACAUGUGGGGAUGCUCUUUGGAGUGCUGACCAGCUGGAUUUUGGCGGGAUUUCAUUGUUUUCGGGGCUCGAAGGGGUGACAGUUGGUGACAACGGCACGGUGAGGGCUGCACAUUGGAGAUAAUCCGCGAUUAAAAUUACUCGGGUGGGCGUGUUGUCUGGGUCUCCUGUUGAUAGUGUGGACACGUCUCAUCAGAAAAAAUGCUGGCCCCAGAGACAGGUUCAACCAACUCAGAUGCUGUGCACAUUCGAAUUCACUCGGAGAAGGCGCCCCUGAUCUCAGGACGUUCAAUGCUCCGUCGUCUGGGUUCACUCCUGGGCAUCAAAAAAUCCUCGACAGCAAUGUCAGACGGUUACGUAGAGUUCAGCAACCUGGAGUCACGAAAUGGUCGAACCCUGGGAACAUUUGCCGGAGUCUUCAGCCCCGUGACUCUCUCCAUGUUCUCAGCCCUUGUGUUUAUUCGAAUGGGCUACAUAGUGGGAAACGCGGGUCUCCUGGUAACCCUCGGCCAGUUCGUGAUAGCUUAUGCAAUCCUCGUCUUCACGGUGGCCUCCAUAUGCGCAAUAUCGACUAACGGAGCGGUCGAAGGUGGUGGUGCAUACUUCAUGAUCAGUAGAACCCUGGGACCAGAGUUCGGUGGAUCCAUUGGCACGAUCUUCUUCAUGGCGAACAUCGUGUCAUCUGCUCUGUGCAUAUCUGGUUGUGCUGAGGGAAUAGUCGAGAAUUUUGGUCCCAACGGAUAUUUCACUGGGUCAGCAUCAAUAUUCCCUGAUGGCAGAUGGUGGAGAUUUCUCUACUGCACUGUCCUCAAUACUGCCAAUCUCGUUGUCUGUCUCAUCGGUGCUGCCAUGUUCGCUAAAACGAGUGUUGCCAUUCUCGCUGUUGUCUGCAUUUGUCUAUUCAGUGUUUUCAUCAGUUUUCUCGAUCGAUCGGCCAUGGAGGUGCCAAUACCCGACGCCAAUACCAUCGUCAAGAACAUCACUGAUCACCUCAAUGCAUCUUACACUGGUAUGAGAUUAGACACGUUGAUGAGCAAUCUCUACUCAAACUACUCAGCGGAUUACUCCAGCUCUGGCUCGAUCUCAUCAUUCGCCUCGGUCUUCGGUGUGUUAUUCUCAGGUGUCACUGGGAUAAUGGCUGGUGCCAAUAUGUCAGGAGAGCUGCAGAAUCCAGGGAAAAACAUUCCACGAGGAACUCUGUCAGGAGUGCUCUUCACCUUCGUGUGUUACAUUCUUCUGUCGAUAUUCACAGCCGCAACCUCAAGUCGAUUUCUCCUUCAAAACAACUUCAUCUACAUGAUGCCGACGAAUAUCUGGCCGCCGUUCGUUGCCCUGGGAAUUCUCACAGCGACAUUCUCAGCGGGACUCUCCAAUUUGAUCGGCUCGAGUCGAGUACUGGAGGCCCUCGCUAAGGACAACGUCUUCGGUUCAGGCCUGUCAUUCAUCACUACAGGUAUCUGGCGUGGAAAUCCCAUCGCUGCAGUCUUCACCUCGUGGUCCCUAGUCCAAACGAUUCUUCUGAUCGGUUCCCUGAAUACAAUAGCUCAGAUAAAUUCAGUCCUCUUUCUCCUGAGUUAUCUGGCAACGAAUCUGUCGUGUUUGGGUCUAGAGUUGGCAUCAGCCCCGAAUUUUCGUCCCACCUUCAACUAUUUCACGUGGCACACAGCAACAAUUGGCCUCGUGGGGACCCUGAUAAUGAUGUUCAUCAUAAACAGCAUCUACGCCUCCAUCAGCAUCAUAAUCUGUCUGAUUCUUAUAAUCGUUCUCCAUCUAUUCAGUCCCAGUAAGAAUGCAGCCUGGGGCAGCAUCUCCCAGGCUCUCAUCUUCCAUCAGGUACGAAAAUACCUGUUGAUGCUGGACUCGCGAAAGGAUCACGUUAAAUUCUGGAGACCACAGAUGCUGCUGAUGGUGGCCUCCCCCAGGUCAUCGUGCUUUCUCAUCGAUUUCGUCAAUGACCUGAAGAAGGGGGGGCUAUACGUCAUUGGUCACGUGAAAACUGGAGAAUUCAGUGGACAGAGUGUCGAUCCUACCAUCGAGGAGUACCCAAAGUGGCUCUCCCUCGUCGAUCAUCUCAAGGUCAAGGCGUUUGUAGAACUGACUGUUACGAAAACCGUGAGGGAGGGCCUUCAGCAUCUCAUAAGAAUAUCAGGAAUGGGUGCUAUGAAGCCAAACACUAUAAUCCUGGGUUUCCACGACGAGGAGACACCUAGGGAUUUCUUCAGGGACUCCAAGUACAGGACUGAGCUGUUCGAUCAGAGCAAUUCAUUUCCUCUGAGGGCAAUCGGUGGUGAGAGGACUCUCGAUGGAGUUCAGUACGUGGGGAUGUGCAGUGAUGUUCUCAGGAUGAAGAAAAAUCUCUGUCUCUGCAGAAAUUUUCAUCAUCUUGAUAAAAAUAUGAUGGGAAAGGGUGGGAGUCUGGAGUUCAUUGAUGUGUGGCCAGUGAAUUUUUUCAAUCCCACUGAACAGGAUCCUUUCGACACGACGAGCCUCUUCAUGAUGCAACUCGCUUGUAUUAUCAAUAUGGUGCCAUCCUGGAAGGGUCUCACCCUCAGGGUGUUCUAUGUUGAUGUCCAGGAGGGAGGGAGUCUCAAUAUUUCGGAUCCUGGGAGGGCUGGACACUUUGUGGGGGUCUCCAUUGAGGCCAGGAUAAGGAAACUCCUGGAUAUGCUGAGGAUAUCGGCGCAGAUUCAAAAGGUUUCUGGGUGGAAUGGUGGUACGGACAGGGGGGGAAGGGUUCUGGAGGCUAAUCAGAUCAUCAGGAGACGAUCUGGGGCAACUGCUGCGGUUUUUAUGUAUCUACCAGCUCCACCCAGUGCCACUUCCUGGGAGGAGGCCACUUUUUAUCAGGAAUAUCUUCAUCUACUUGGGGAACUCACCCUGGGACUCCCUCCCACUGUUCUCGUCCAUGGCAUCAGUGCUGUCACUUCUACCACUUUGUAACGAAUAUGUGUUCAGUAUUCAAGGUUUUUAAUUUUUAGGGAGGAUAUCAGGGGCCAAGUGAGAUCUGUCGAAUUUCAUUCUUUUACCAAUUAUCUAUUUAUCUCGAUAAUCAUGGGUGCAAGGGGAAAAUAGUAAAGGAGUGUUUUUGGAGCUCGAUAAAUUUUGAACGAAAAAGAUCUUUUCGUAUUUUCUCGUACAAUCAAUGGUUUUCAAGAUAAAAUCAUUUGGAAUUUAACAAAAUUGAAAAAUUCGACUUAUCUUACUUUAUUAUUUUACUACUGAAUUGA